AUGGAUUUACACAACCUUCUGACGGAUCCAGGGUUAUCCGUCGGAAAUGCCGAGUGUGGAAGAGAGUUGAGUAAAUGGAUUUUCCUUCGCGGAAAAUUCCCCGACGGUUGGUCUAGCGAUUAA